AUGCCGCUGAUUUCGCGCGUAGUGUCCAUUUUCCUGCGCAUCGGAGAGAUUGGUUUCGGUGCUAUCGUUGCUGGUAUUAUUGGAUGGUAUCUCCACAAGUAUGACAGUGCCCAUUCAUGGCCCCGAGCACGCUGGAUCUACACAGAAGUAGUCGCUGGGUUAUCGGUCUUGCUUGGACUUCUCUGGCUUAUACCUUUCGCGUCAUCUUUCUUUGUCUGGCCUAUCGAUGUCAUACUGGGACUCGCUUGGUUUGCAGCGUUCGGUGUACUAGUCGAUGCGCUCGAGGAUAGCAGCUGCUGGUAUGGUCCAUGGGAAGCCAUAAGCUGGGACGGGAGAACAUACCUCAGCUAUAACAGCAGUUGUGCACGCUGGAAGGCUGCAGAGGCUUUCAGCUUUUUGUCCGCUGUUUUCUGGCUUGCAUCUGGCCUGGUGGGGAUUUGGUUCGUCUUCCGCGUGCGCUCAGCUCGCGCCGAUGCAGUUCCCGUCCGCCGUCGCUGGUAUAGUCGCCACUACGUCUAG